GACGGCUUUGUUCAUCUAAAACGAAGAGACCCCACUAGUUAACAGCACUGUGCAGGAAGAUAUGGGGGCAGCAUGCAUAUUUACAGCUAGCCACUCUGAUUAGCUUUCUACCCGUGUUUUCCAUAGCUGUCGCUAGAAUAUUAGUAUAAUUUGUCUCCUCUUCAACGAGAAGGAAAAUGUUUCUCGGUCGCAAAGUGAGAUUGUCGACAGCGGCUGUAGGUGAAGCUUGGAACUCCAUAUACGCGCAAGUCACAUUAAACAGACUGGGGGACGUUACCUGCUCGACAUUACGUUAUAGACAUACAUUUCAAUGUCCUGGAGCUUUUAGUCGAUCCGUCUGUUGUCCGGACCUAGAACUCUCACCAUGUGAAAAGCGACGAGGGGAAAUGUUCACCGCCAAAAACUACCUGGAUUCGUCCCAUUUAAUAAUUUCGCAGUGGGAACAUUUAGCUCGGGUAACCCCUAUUGCUCCAAGUCUCUCUCGGAGUCAAAACAAAAGUAACGUUUUACACGACAGCAAUACAUGUAAGUCUUUAUCUACGCUCAUCUUAGUAAAUGCAAACGGGCGCAGUAAACUCGGUACAGUUCACUCUGUUUUGUUUACAAAUGACACAACGUUCUGCUCAACGCGUUUCCUCUCCACUAUUGUGCAAAUGAGAGCUUCAUCUACCGCUACCAAGGAGAAGCGCGAGGCAGGCACCUCAGAGGACGCAGUCACGGACAACAAAGAGAACCCCUCCCAGUCCUCCUCGUCCCCAGGGCCAGACCCAGGGCCGGGGCCGGGGGAGGACAAGCCCAGCAGGACCCAGCAGCUGAAGAAGGUGUUCAAGGAGUAUGGUGCUGUAGGCGUCUCCUUCCACGUCUGCAUCUCCCUCAUGUCCCUGGGCAUGUUCUACCUUGCAGUGUCCAGUGGGAUAGACAUGGCAGGUUUGCUAUGCAAGCUGGGCUUCAGUGAAAGUGGGGUCCAGUCCAAGAUGGCCGCCGGCACCAGCACUUUGGUGUUGGCCUACGCAGUGCACAAGCUGUUCGCCCCCGUACGCAUCAGCAUCACCCUGGUGUCUGUUCCUCUCAUCGUGAGACACUUCAGAAAGACUGGCCUCUUCAGACCCCCCGGGUCUGCACCCUGAGACACACUCACUCAUACACUCACUCAUUUGCCAUCAUCUUAAUAUUAUUACCGAAUCCAUCAUGCAUUAUACAAUAAAACGGUAGUAGGUGUGUAAUCAUUUGUUACGGCUAUCCCCCAAACAACGAUAUCAAACACUAGCUGGAUUGGUGUAAACAUACACAACUACAUUAUAUUUGGUUCUUUAAGGAUCUCUAUGUUUUUAAGCUCAGUAUGAAACCUAGUCAAAGUUUAGCCAAAUGCUUUUUCAUCAGCACUUUGGGUGCACUUGAUGUGCACUACCUAGCAUGCCAGAAACCAACUCAACGGUAACAGUUGAGUUUACCCAUAAACUGACAAUGGUGCAUAACAGAUACUACACUCGUUAGUAGCUUAUAUAGUUUUUAUCGACAAAGUUGUGAUUGCAAAAUGUGAUGUGUCAUUGCUGAUUGUGUUAAUGAUGUGAGCUCAGUAAUCUGGAAUGUGCGUCAGCCUUCAGUGGGGAGGACAAGAGGGGUGUCCUGUCUGGUCGAAGUCUCAGUUAUCCCCCCAGAUGACCCCCAGACGACCCUCAGACUCUGAUCCUUCUGUAUCUAAAGGCACACAUCUUACCUGCUUUCAACUUAAGUAACCUUAGAGUGGAUUAAUAUUGACUUUCAAAGUGAGGUUUUGUAUGAUAAUUUAUUUACCUUUAAAGUGAAUAAAGUGCUCAGCCAACUGCUGUAAAUGCACCAGAACAGGUUUAGUUCAGCCUGAUUGCAUUCCAAAAGAAGAAAAAAUAAAAUGAAGACCAACAGAAUGCAAUUCAUUAAUAUCUACAAUCAGAACUUUUAUCAGGUAUAUAAGAGGGUCGUUUCUCUCCCUCUUUUUCCCUCCCCUCCCUUUCAACCUCCUUGCCGCUUUCAAAUAUAUAUUUUUGGCAUUUUCAUGCCUGGUUGGAUAGAGACACAGGAACGUAGAGGGGGGGGGGGGGGGGGGCAGAAGGCUCGGUUGAGCCACCCUUCCUCUCUAUCUCAUUACCCCUCUUUCUCCGUCUCUCCCUCUUUUAUAUAUCCAUCUCUCUCCACCUCUUCCAUCUCCCUAUUCCUCCUUCUCUACCCUCCUUCCCUCUCUCUCGGAGGUGGAGCCGGGUUGUUGCUGAGUUGGUCAGACUUCUCUGUGCUGAGAGAGGUCUCUGUGGAGAUGGGUCUCCAUGGAGAUGGGGUAUUAUAAAGCUGAUGAUCAGUGCUGGCUGUCUGCUGACUGGGCGACUUCUCCCCCAGAGUGACUCAGCACAAUCCUGCUUCCUCUCCCGUCUCCGGAUAGCCCAGCACCGUCGCCAGACAGGUUCUACUUUUGGUCUGAAACCGACACGGUUCAUUUUCGGUUUCUAAGGGGGCGUGGUCAACGAGUGUAGGCCGAAAUGGCUCGACACUCAAUCAGAGCAACGAAAUGUCCUCUUGGUUUUUUACGAAAAAAUGCCUCAACAGCUAAAUGGUCAGAUAACCACACGUCAGAUACAUGGUUGUGAUUCGCCCGGCACUUUUCACCCCGGAGGGAAAUCUGUUACCAUGGGAGGGUCGCCAAGGUGAUGUUCCGGGUCAAAUAAACCGUCAAACUGUCAGGUUGGUCUGGUUCCCAGGUUAGCCUCCAGUCUCUCUCCUGUUUCCUGUCUGUUACAUCUCUACCCAACCCCAGAGGACAGCAUUUUUUUAAUGAGAUGAAGUUGUAUUUAACUAUUAAACUUGUGAAUACCA